AAAGGGAUAGACUGGGCGAGAACCACUUCGUUGCUUCUUUCUGCUUCAGGAUGUUCCAAAAGCGCAUGCGCAUUGCACAAGAAUUGGGCGUAGAAUUUGUUGCUGGGGGGCGUAUAUGGGUGUUGAGCUUUUAUAUGGGACUGGAUGGUAUGUGGCACGUUGCAUAUCGUCUUUCCAAGCAUAACUUUCCAGUGCAUCCAAACGCUGUACUCGUGAUAGAGGCCCACAGAGGGCCGCCUGACUGUGCGACCCCGGAACCUCUAAGACUCUCAAUGGGAUUUUUAUCACGCACACUUGUAACCGGCGACGGACCUCAAAUUUACACGGAAAUCGAACGAGGCCAGGAGGCCUGCGGAAUGUGGGACCUUCAGAUCGAUGCGUGUCGCAGGAUGUGUUCGUGGCGCUGUGUCUAUCCACUGACUUGUUUUUUGACUUCUUCUCCUUGAAAUGACUGUGUUACUGUAGCAAUACCGUAUAUGUAGACUGCGAUGGCAUUAGGGCCUGACAUGGGUAGAGGUUGCCCGGGUACCCACCCGGGUGGAACCCACGGGUCGGGUGCGGGUCGGGUACCACGGGUUACGGGUUGGCUUGGGUGCUACACCCGGGCGGGUACGGGUAUCGACAUC